CAAAGCGAAAGGUCAAAUUUGAUGUUCAGCGCGCACGCGCUGUUUGACCGGCCACUGGCACCUGCGCAGUGUGGACCAAAGACUUGUAAUGGCGGCCGCGGCGACUACGACGAUGUUGAUGUCGGAGUGUCAGCUCGGGAUCGCAGGCGGUGGUGUCGGAUUGAACGGAUUUAGCGGUGCAGGGGGAGGAGGUAGUGUUCAUAACGGUUCUGGAUCGGCGCAACCACCUUGGAACAGAAGUCUAGAGAGAGCGCUGGAGGAAGCUGCUGCGACGGGAGUGUUGAGCUUAAGCGGGAGGAAACUGAAGGAGUUCCCCAGGAGCGCGGCGAACCAGGACUUGACGGACACCACGCAGGCGGAUCUAUCCAAGAACCGAUUGGUAGAGAUUCCAGCUGACGUUUGUUACUUUGUGUCAUUGGAGAGCCUUAAUCUCUAUCAGAACUGUAUACGAAGUAUUCCAGAAGCCAUUUUAAACCUACAAUCUUUAACCUCCUUGAAUAUCAGUCGUAACCAGCUGACAACAUUACCUGGACACGUGUGCAGUCUCCCUUUAAAAGUUCUAAUCGCAAGUAACAACAAGCUAAUAUCAGUACCAGAGGAAAUAGGGCUACUACGACAAUUAACAGAACUUGAUGUCAGCUGUAAUGAGAUACAGACAUUACCAUCUCAGAUUGGAAACCUGGAGAUUUUAAGGGACCUGAAUUUAAGGAGGAAUCACUUGGUAACGCUACCAGAAGAGCUUGCAGAUUUACCACUCGUGCGAUUAGACAUCUCCUGUAAUAAAGUGACAACAAUUCCAGUCUGUUACCGAAACCUACGGCAUCUCCAAACAAUCAUCCUCGACAAUAAUCCCUUGCAAUCUCCACCUGCACAGAUUUGUAUAAAGGGGAAAAUCCACAUAUUCAAAUACCUGAAUAUUGAAGCGUGCAAAAGCGUUCCAGAGCUGCCGGAAUAUGAUAGAACAAGACCAGUUGGAUUCAGUUCAUGUCAUGAAGAUUAUUUCUCAGGACGGCCAUAUGGAGCACUAGAUUCUGGCUUCAACAGUGUUGACAGUGGAGAUAAAAGGUGGUCUGGCAAUGAGCCCGCAGAUGAGUUGACUGAUCUCCCACAACGAAUGACUGAAGUUGUGAAGGAGCAACGGCAGCGGCGAGAUAGUCAAUAUCAUGAGCAUAGAGGUGUACCACCUGUGACAAAUGGCCCAGUUGAACAUGACCUGGAGCAGAUUGAUUACAUUGACAGCUGUGCCAUGGAGGAAGAGGAAGAGGAUAUGCGAUUGCCAAAACGACUUGACUCCUCCAGUCUCAGCUCGCAAUUCAUAGCAUACAUUGAACGACGGCGGAUUAACUAUGAUGCUGUUCCGAUGAAAUCAAAGCAUGUUGGAGAUCCACAAAAACCUGUGAGUGACAGGGGCUGGCCACAACAAAACAGUGUAUUUUCAGAAGCUGGCUUGAGCUCUCCAACUCCAUCUUGUGGUCAAAGUGUGGUUUCAAAUGUGGGGUGCUCAGAAUCUGAGUUACAGAGAAGACGUGAGCAACUACUCGUAGAACAGACCAGAAGAGAAGCGCAGCUUGCAGCUCAGCAAUAUGAAGAAGAAAGAAUCCGAACUAAACAAAUUCAAAAAGAGGCCGUUCUUGACUUUGUGAGACAAAAAAGUGGUCAAAGUCCUCAGAAACAAAGUCUGUCUGACAGCGAUCACAGCGAUCUCCCCAAAUAUUUCCCUAUCAGACGAUCCCAGCAUACAGAUGAUAGCGCCUUAUUAGUGACUGAAGAAAGACCACCUGUGUCACCAUAUGCCUCUAUUACCCAAUCAUCUGUCAACAUAGUCCAGUCUGUUCCUCCUUAUCCUGGUUCUUCUCCCCACUCUUACAAACAGCCCACACAUACUCAGCGACUUGAGAACUUCCUAUUGAGAGCGACCACAAGAGAUGAGAUAAUAAAAGAUGUGAAUUCUUCCACCUCCUCUUUUCCUCCUAACCAGGACUCUGAGGACACCUUGAUAUUGCAGAACCAGAAGCAAUGUGAUGAACAGAGAGUCCUACAGCAGCUACGGAAGAACAUUGAAACAAGGUUAAAGAUUUCUCUCCCAAGUGAUCUUGGCUCAGCACUAACAGAUGGUGUUGUUCUCUGUCAUCUCGCUAAUCAUGUGAGACCACGGUCAGUGCCCAGUAUACAUGUGCCAUCUCCAGCUGUGCCCAAACUGACUAUGGCAAAAUGCAGACGAAAUGUGGAGAAUUUCCUGGAUGCUUGUAAGAGAAUUGGUGUACCACAGGAUGACCUUUGCUCUUCAUCUGAUGUGCUCCAAGCCAACCUCCUCAGCACUCAAAAGACGGUUGACAUGCUACUGACUUUGGGAGCAAGCAUAACCAGUCCUGUUCUCACCCCCUUCUCUGGAUCGAUUGUGCCUGCCCCUUCACAUUCUAGAAGAGAAAGGACUGGCACAGGUAGCCGUGACAAUAGAAAAUCUGCUUGAGCUCGCCCCUACCAAACAGCACCAUUAAUCAACUACCUAGAGACUACAUGUGAUGGGCACCUCACACAAGAAACACUGUAGCAGUAAAAUUGAAUAUGUUUCAAGUUGGCCCCCAUGAUCAAUUUUAUCACACUCCUCUUUAGCAUCUACGUAAUGGCUUUCUGAAAAUGAGUUGCUAAAUGUGAUUUUUUUAAUGCUUUUUUUCAAAAAUACAGCACUUAAUUUGUUUUCCAACUUGGGGACCAUGAUACAAAUUAUUUCUAUAACAUUUAAAAUGGGUAUACAUUGCACUGAGUGAACAAAUGGACCUAGGAACUAGAUCAGGAUGUCUUGCUUUGUGACUUAGUCCAGUAAAUAGCUCACCAAUUCAUUUCAUACCGGCCAUAAUUCAAUCUUUACCUGGUGCCGGUAAAACCAAAUUUUCCAGGAAUAUUCUAUUUCACUGAUAUAUAAAUAGGAAUAAAAAAUAAUUCAAAAUGUGAUCCAUAGAAGCUAAGAUAACUUGCACCCCAGAUGAGAAAGCUGGAGUGGAAUGGAAGGAUUUCCUUCAAACAGCCCUUUCUUCAAUCUCAGGUAGACCUACAGAGGUUUCAUCACCCUUGGUCUCUCAUCCUGACAUGGUCAAGAAUCGCACCCGCCCACACACACAAACAAACACAGACACACAUAUAAACACACACAC